GCAAGUUAUUCUAUCUUUCUCCCUUAAAAAGACCUUCUCACAUCAGUAAUUCUCCGUAAUCUAACCACACCUGGACCACAAAAUAGUAUAUUUUGUAUCGUUCAAUCUUUUCCAGUAAAUAUGCAAUCUCGUUUCAAUUUGUCACCAAGGAUCUUGUUACUAUGUUUAACACUUUUAUCAGGGACAAAAUGGUCGGACUCAGCUCGUGUAUUCACGAUCGUGAACUCAUGUAACCAAGUAGUCUGGCCGGCGAUAACACCCGGAGAGAGCUUCAAUGGCGGAGGCUUCGAGCUCAAACCGGGCCAAUCCAUGGUAUUCAACGCACCAGUAGGCUGGUCAGGUCGAAUAUGGGGACGAACCGGCUGCAAUUUCGACAAAACCGGAACCGGAACUUGUGAAACCGGUUCAUGCGGCUCGACCCUAAAAUGCUCAGCCUCCGGAAAACCACCAGCUUCACUGGCUGAGUUCACGUUAGCUACACCGGAUUUCUACGACGUGAGCCUCGUCGACGGAUUUAAUCUCCCGAUGUCCGUUACUCCAUUGAACGGGAAAGGAAAUUGCAGCGUUGCCGGUUGCGUCGCCGACCUGAGGCCAAAGUGUCCGCGGGAGCUGGCCGUGAAA